GAGAUAACAUGUUGAUUUCUGUUGCUAGGAAUUGUUGCAAAAUAGGAAGCAUCUUGGAAAUGAGCUAGUUAGUGCUGAACAAGCUGAAGAUCUUAAGAUGAAAGAAAAAAGAAAGCGAGAUAGGGAGAAAAAUCUUCCUAGAAAGAAAAGGAGGAAGUUUGAAGCAGCUAGAGAGAAACUGGAAGAUGACAGUGAAGUUCUCCAGGGCAAUGACAAAAGUAAGAAAGAGAAUGCUGGAAUUUCCCUUGUUGAUUUAGCUUAUCGGCGGGCAAAAGCUGUGAAAGCUGUGAAAAGGGCUACUGACGCUGGAAAAAUUACAAGAAGGGUGGAAAAGAAAUCCAAACAUCCUCUUCCCAGAAAACCCAAUCUAGAAUGGAAGAGAUGCGGGAGCUUUUUCAGAGUGACAUGAGUGAGAAAAAACAGAAAAGAAACCCCCAAGGAGGUGGGAAGAAGAAAUCCUCAUUCAAAAGCAAGUCAAGGUACAAACGGAGGUAGCAGAACAAGCAGAAGAGAGAUUAGAUUACACUGAAAGUAGAGAUGCGUUUUUUGUUUCAGAAUUACAUCUGACCGACCUUGUGCAAAUAUAUAUUUUUUUAAAUUGUAGUAGGGCUGUAAUAUAGCUGUAAGUGUUUCUCAGUGGACGGUGAUUAAUUAUUCACUUCUGUACAUUCAUUUUUGCAUAAACAGUGUUUUACGUCUUACCUCUAA